UGAGUCAAAUGUAAAUGCAUUUUUAAUUGUACUAUGUAGUUGUAGAGGGUUCUUUACAGUAGUUUAACUCUAACUAAUUGCCUAGUUGUACUGUACAAGGAAUCAUGUUACUGAGAUCAGUAUUGAAACGCUUAUUAUCACAAUCAUGGAAAUUCCUGGGGGCUGUAACCAUUAAGUGUGUAUCGUCACAUGCCCCAUUACUUUUGGCUUGUCGAGAAGAUGUCACUGGUGCAUUGAUUCUGAUGAAAUACACCAAUUUCAGAACCUUUUCUACCUCGUCUCAUGCCACUAGUAGGGACCAACAUGCUUAUAAAACUGCUGCUGAAACUGCUACUACCACUGCUACUCCCAAAUCACUACCAUACUACAAAAUAGAAAAUUUUGACGAUCUCAGCUCAUCAGUUGAACCACAAGAAUUGAUUUAUAUUGAAGAAACAGAAUGCACUUACAUGUUGAUGGAGGAGCAUGAAGAUGAUAGAUUCAAAUUUGUACAUGAGUCCUAUAACGGCAUCCAAGUCCUCCUCAAGUUCAUCCAAAAAUCUUAUCAUCAUAAUAUUAGAAACUUCGAUCAAUUGACUAAGGUCGAAUUGGUCAAUUGCUUAUACAUUUUUAAAAAUGAGUAUUUGAAUAAUAAAAUCUGCUCCAUACCUUCAGAAAAGUUCAAUUGGUAUAACGAUAUGGUCUUUAAAUUCUUAUUAAUUCUUCAAGAGGAUACAGAAUUUCCCUCUAAUCUACCACUCAAAGUUAUUCCUAAAGUUGAAGAAUUUCGUACCAUUGAACCAAUGAUAAUCAAAGGAUUCGGAAGAUUUAUUCACGAUUUGAAAUUGUUAGACAGUGAACUUGAUUUCCAGAAGUUAAAGACAUUUAAGGACUUGUCGAAUAAAUUAGAUAGUACUUUAAAACAGGCUAAACAAUUUCCUCAGCAUCACAAUGAUCCUGACUCCAAGUACAUCCGGAACUCCAUACAAAUUAAAAGGUAUAGAAAAUUACAAGAACUCUUGGAUAAGCUCCCCGAAGAACCUAUUAAAGAUUUGCAAAUCCUAGUCAAUUGUCAAUUUAAUUACCUAUUUGGAGAUUUGGGUGAGAUAAAUAGUACAUAUUUUGGUGAAGAGUUUGAUCUUCCUUAUUUGGAUGCAAUUUGGAAGUUUUUGAAUCUGAGAUUUAAAUUUGCCAAUUACAAUUCAUUUUUUGAGGCAGCACCUGAGUUAUUCAGAAUUGUCAAAAAUAACCAACUUAAUGGUGAAUUUAGAUCAGCUGCUCAGGAUUAUUUGGAGUAUUAUAUUAGUGCUAUUGCUAAUGGAUACGUUGGAUUCGAUGAGGUUGAUCAGUACUUCAAUGAGAAAUCAACGGAUAUUGUUACUGUGAAAGGAAAGUAUUUUGACAACUGGGUUGAUAAUUAUGCCUUUGAAAUAAUGUUGCAAGAUAAAUUCUCUAUAAAUUGGUUUAAGGAAGCAGCCAACAGUCAGUUUAUAUUUAAAAAUACCAAUCAUAUCGAUGUCGGAUCGGGUGACUUCUGGAAUCUAGAGUAUUGGGAAAUGGUCCAAGAAAUGGAAUCAUAUUUAGCCCUGCCAGUUAAGUGGAUUCACGAAGACUUUAAGAAUACAGUUGCGCAACUUCCAUUUAUUAAUAUGGUGUCCUUCAUCCAUAAAGUUAUUCAGAAUAAGCCUGCUUACAAUAAGUUAUUAGCUGCUAACAUAUCCAAUAAAUAUGAUGAAGUCCAUAAUGUCCCUGAUGGAAUUGAGCUUGAAGUUCUCAAAACCACCUUCUUUGAUUUUAAAAGAAUGUAUUUUAAGAAAAGGUUUAAGAAAUUCACUGUAAAACAAAUCUUAGCAGCUGCUGAUGAAUUCAGUCAAAUGAAUUCAGAAACAUAUUCAGAAUUCAAUGCUGAUAGAUUUGAACGUAUGAGAUUAUAUGUUUAUAGUUUUCUUGUCAAUAAUAAAGGAACCGUUAAAGAUUUAGACUUAGUGGUUGAAGAUCUUAUCAAGUAUCUGAAAACAGUGGUGGAAAAGGCAGAACUUGAAGAAGCUCGGAUUUUAGGUCUUCUGAAACCCAUUGGAUUACUGGAGUAUUAUAAUGAUUUAAGUGAAAUAUUCAAUGAUAAGGAAAAGUUGAGUAAAUUAUCUAAUGAAGAAAUCCUCCAAAGGGUAAGAAAUCGAAUUAAACAACCAAAAGAUGAUGAAAAGGAUUAUUAUGAUGAAGUAUUUGCGUAUCCUGAAAACUCAUACCGAAUCAAAUCACUUGCUAAAUUACUUGAGAAAUUGCUUAGUAUUAAUAUUAAUAUCAAUGCCAGUAGUACAAUGAAAGAAUUUCUUAAAGAUUGGAAACUGUUCCAUUUGUAUUAUGAUGAGAAGAAGUGUCUAAGAUGUGUCACACCAUACGUCCAAAUUCCUCCACAAUUGAAUCUCCAUGACCAUUAUAAGGAAUUAGAUGCUUUGAGACCAUUUCUUAGACAUAAGCAAUAUAAAUAUUCUGAUUCAGAAGAGAUUCUUGGCUUUUUAGACUAUAAAAUUGAUCAAACUUUGUAUGAUAAAGUCCAGAUAAGUUCUCCUGUCAAUAAGGAAAAUAUUGGUAACUAUUUCGCUUUACACAAGAAAUUAGAACACCUAUUUGAUAUUAAUGGAGGUGAUACUUUUGUCUUGGAUGCUUUAAUUCAUAGUCAACUAUCAAUACAAUUAAAAAAUUAGAUUACUAUCCAAAUUUCUUGUCGAAAAGAUUUAUAAGGGCAUUUAUUGAAAAUAUGGAAGUAUGAACAAAG